AUGGUUUACUUCCUUGCUACAAACCCAUUAUUUCUUCUAUUAGUCUCUUUUUCAUUUUUUCUUUCUCCUUCUUUAUUAACUGCUAUUUCAAACCAAUUAACUACUUGCUUAACUCAAAACCACAUAACCAACUUCACUGUGUUCAACUCGACAGCUUACUAUAAUCUCCUUGAAUUUUCCAUUCAAAAUCUUCGUUUUUCAGAACCUAUUAUUCCUAAGCCAGUAGCCAUUGUUCUACCAGAAACUGCAGACCAGCUAGCAAAGACUGUAAUAUGCUGUAGAGAAGGAUUCUUUGAAAUUAGGGUUAGGUGUGGCGGUCACAGCUAUGAAGGAACUUCAUCAGUCGCUAGUGAUGGAUCAUCUUUUGUGAUAAUAGACAUGAUGAAUCUAAAUAAGGUUUCAGUCGAUUUAGAAGCUGAAACAGCAGUAGUAGAAGGCGGUGCAACGCUUGGAGAAACAUAUUCAGCCAUUUCGGAGAAAAGUAAUGUUUAUGGAUUCUCAGCUGGGUCAUGCCCUACCGUUGGCGUUGGUGGCCACAUUGGUGGAGGUGGAUUUGGGCUAUUAUCUAGAAAAUAUGGAGUCGCAGCUGAUAACGUAGUUGAUGCACUUCUUGUCGACGCUAAUGGACGCUUGUUAGAUAGAAAAGCUAUGGGAGAAGAUGUUUUCUGGGCAAUAAGAGGCGGUGGCGGUGGCGUUUGGGGUAUUGUUUAUGCUUGGAAAAUUAAGCUAUUGAAAGUUCCAGAAGUAGUCACAGGUUUUAUUGUUUCAAGACCUGGCACAAAAGGCCAUGUAGCUAAAUUAGUAAACAAAUGGCAACAUGUUGCACCUAAAUUAAACAAUGACUUUUACUUGUCAUGUUUUGUAGGAGCUGGCUUGCCUGAGAGUAAAAGAAAAGGAAUUUCAGCUACAUUUAAAGGGUUUUAUUUAGGUCCAAGAAAUGAAGCUUUGUCUAUAUUGAAUAAGGUUUUUCCUGAAUUGGGUAUUUUAGAAGAAAAUUGCAAAGAAAUGAGUUGGAUUGAGUCUAUUCUAUUUUUUUCCGGUCUAAGUAAUGGAAGCUCUGUUUCUGACUUGAAAAACCGGUAUCUACAAGAGAGAAAUUAUUUCAAGGCUAAAUCAGAUUAUGUGAGAAUUGAAAUUUCUUUUGAUGGUAUAAAUGGUGCACUUGAUAUUCUUGAAAAGGAGCCCAAAGGCUAUGUUAUAUUAGACCCUUACGGUGGGAUUAUGAAUAAUACAAGCAGUGAAGCAAUUGCUUUUCCUCAUAGAAAUGGUAACAUUUUUGCAAUUCAGUAUCUGGUGGAGUGGAAAGAAAAGGAUAAUGAUAAAAGCAAAAAAUAUAUAAAUUGGAUAAGAAAAUUUUACAAAUCGAUGAGUCCUUUUGUGUCAACGGGUCCAAGAGCUGCUUAUAUAAAUUAUAUGGAUUUUGAUCUUGGAGUAAUGGAUAAUCUGAAAAUGAGGGUCCCAUGUGGGGAUGAAGUAGAAGCUGCCAGAGUUUGGGGAGAAAAGUACUUCUUGAAAAAUUAUGAUAGGUUGGUAAGAGCCAAGACACUCAUUGAUCCAGACAAUGUUUUUAGUAAUCAACAAAGCAUUCCUCCAAUGUCCUCACUAGGUACCAAACCCAAGAUUUAAAUCAAUGGUUGAUUAUUUGUUUGUAAAAGAAAAUAUCAUCCUUCUUCCGUUUUAUUUUCUCUCAUUUCCAAAGGAAGUGUAAGGUUAUGCUUACAUUUAAAAGGUUCCAAGAUAUGAAUAAUAGGCCUUCAUUCCCCCGCCCCAAUGAAAAGGUC